GUGAAAGAGGUGCGUGCGCUUUACUUAUUUUUUGGUAAAUUUCAUCCAGUAACCAUGUGUGUUACCAACAGAGACGAUUGAAAUUUCGCCGACUCGCCCCGUACUCGCCGUCGAGAAAGGUGUGUAAGAGUGUGUUUCGUAGGGGGUUUCGAUUGUCAUUUGUCAGUAUCGCGCGUGAGGGUGCUGCUGCGGCCCGAAAAAAUGGGCCGUACGACCGGGGGUUCUCCCUCGGGCUAACCAAUUUUUUUUGUGGGCCACGGAAAUAGGCCAUGGCCUUUUUGGUAACGGCUUGGACCACCCUGCUGUGGCUAGCCUCAGCAACCGGAUUUGACCCGUCUAAACCGUUUUACAUUCCGAAUCAAUCCAUAGACUUGUUAGUUGCGUUGGGGGAAUACAGUAAAAGUUGGCUGGGAGUGGAAAGAAUUGACAGCCCGGCCCCGCCUGACGUAAUCAACACCUUCACGUCGCAUACAAGGUUGGCCUAUGUAUUAGAAGGGGAUAAUCGAGAUUUGAGGUUACCUCCGUUGGCAUUUCAACAAGCAUCGAACUUUUUACUGUCAUCGGCAGAAUUUACUAUUAUAGCAAUGUUGAAACAAGUUCCCGGCAAUCCCGGUACUAUCAUUUCCUUCUCGCAUGGAAUCAACAGGUCUUUGGAGCUCCAAUCCAGCGGAAGACAUAACCAGCUGAGGUUAUAUUAUACAAACGGGUCUAAAGUGUAUGCGGAAACUUUCCCAUAUUAUUUGGCGGACGAUAAUUGGCACAAAGUGGCUGUAUCUAUAAGCGGUUUGGAAGUCGAGGUUUUAGUCGAUUGCAGAUCGUUAUUCAAGAGAAUGCUGAGGCCCGUCAUGUCGGACAGGAGUUUUCCAAAGCCGCCGCACUUGUGGAUCGGACAAGGAGUUAGUCAGAGUUAUUUCAAGGGUAUCCUGGAUGAACUGAAAUUGGUUAGAGGUCCUCACGGUUAUUUAUCGUUGUGUCCGCACGUGGAUUCGAUGUGUCCCACUUGUGGUCAAUUCGUCUUGCUGCAGAAUACGGUACAGGAAUUGACCAGACAUCUUCAGGAACUUUCCGAAAGGUUAGUGGAGGCUGAAAAUCGUAUAAGUAAAGUAGAAGAAUGCGACUGUCAUAAAUCUUGCCAUUAUAAUGAUUCCGUUUACGAAGACGGUGCGAAAUGGCAAACCGGCUGUGAUUUGUGUUCGUGUGUGCAUGGAGAAGUGCGCUGUCAGCAUGUGGAGUGCCCUAAAAUAAAUUGUAAACACCCAGUGAAUAAAACUGGCGAGUGUUGCCCAAGUUGUUUGAAGGAAUGUAUGUUUCUCGGAGUGUUCUACGAACACGGAGAAGUGGUAACAAUAAAAAAAUGUACGGAAUGCGCUUGCAACGACGGUAAUAUGAAAUGCAAUAGAAUAAAUCCGGCAACGGCUUGUCCGAAAUUGAAUUGUCCCCCCGAAGAGCAAUUCAACGUAACCGAUCAGUGCUGCAUGUUUUGUCCAGGUAUUGACUACUGCGCCAAAGGGAAUUAUUGUCAUGCUAACGCUUCCUGCCUAAACUUACAAACUACUUACGCUUGCCAAUGCGACCAGGGUUUUCAAGGGGAUGGCAAAAUGUGUAUUGAUAUCGAUGAAUGUCAACAAGAAGGCGGUCUGUACGGUCAUCAUUGUCACCAGAACACGAAAUGUGUCAAUACACCUGGUUCGUACGUAUGCGAAUGUUUAUCCGGCUACAGAAGGAUAGACAAGUUUAAUUGCGCCGAAUUGGACGAAUGCAGUACAGGAGAACAUAACUGUGAUGUAAAUGCCGAGUGCAUCAAUACAAAAGGAAGCUACCAUUGCGUUUGUAAACACGGUUUUACCGGCGACGGAUAUUCUUGCCAACCCGUUUGUAGACAAAAAUGCUUGAACGGCGGCAUCUGUAGUAGUCCGGGUAAAUGUACGUGUCCGAACGGUUACACUGGACACAGUUGCGAAUUGGAUUUGGACGAAUGCGCCACAGAUACACAUAGAUGUACAAAUACUUCAGUCUGUGUAAAUAUGAUCGGCUGGUAUUAUUGCGAAUGCAAAGUCGGGUAUCAGAAUCCUUCUAAAGACAAUAAUUUAGGAAUAAUUUGUAAAGAUAUAAACGAAUGCAACAGCGACCUUCACACUUGCCACCCUUCAGCUCAAUGUAUAAAUACCGAUGGAGGGUUUAGAUGCGAAUGUCCAUCGAAUAGGCCCAAUUGCAAAUUGAGUUGCAUGUUCGAAGAACGCGAAAUACCCCACGGUCAUAUUGUACCACCAAGGAAUGACCCCUGUCAAGAAUGUAAAUGUGACAGGGGAUAUUUGACCUGCGAAAAGCUCAAAUGCAACUGCAGUGAAAGAGGAACGGACGAGAACUCCUGCUGUCCUCAGUGCAAUUCCAAACAUUCUUGUCACCAUCAAGAACUACCAGAAGUAAUUUUGAAACACGGGGAACGUUGGUCAUUUCAAUGCCAAACCUGCGAAUGUCUCCACGGCGAAAUAGAUUGCUGGCCGAUGAGGUGUCCGCCGACGUUUUGCGACAACCCGGUGAAGAAUCCGGAAGAUUGUUGCGGUCAUUGCGAAGACGAUCCGUGUUCUAUAACUUCGGGAAAUUCCACUACUUCAGGUCAAUCCUGCUCGUACAGGGGACGUAUUUAUCAAUCGGGGUCGCAAUUUACCGAUCCGAACGAUCGUUGCGCUACAUGCAAUUGUAAGGACGGGACGUUAUGCUGCAAUUAUAAUAUCCUUUGCGGUGAUUAUCAACGAGCGGUGGGAUUCGAUGGCGUGGUGGCGGCUCAAAAUGUGCAUUCAUCAAGUGACAGUGACAUUAUUAAACAAUCUAGUUAUCUUCAAUUGGCUACUCAUAGUGCUGGACCAUAUAUCAGUGAUACGAAAAGUAGCAAGACUGACAAUCGUCCAAAAAGGGCGACAGGCGCGGGUUGAAAGCCCCAUAACCCCAAAAACCGGUCUUACAUUCCUCGACACUUGCGUGCAAUAGCUGUUACUAAAUAAUAGUAAUAAUAAUAAUAUUCCCGUUGUAUAUAAAGUCGGUUAUUGACUGACGUGGAAUUACUGGUGGAUAUAGUGAACGAGGAAAGGGAAUAGUAUCGUUAUUAUUUGGCUUGCCUAAACUCAAGUGUCUUCGUAGGUUUUAAGAGAAGACGCUGUGUCUCCAAUUGCGCUUCGACGGCUUAAAAUAUAUCUACGUAGAAAACAGCUAAUAUCUAUUAUCUUUAAAGGUACUAAUAGACAUUUAGUAUGCGAUUCGUGAUCUUGGUUCAUAGAAAUACAACGGGAAG